CCCCCCGGUGACGCCGCCGCCGGUGACGCAGCCGCGCAGCCCCCACGUGCCGGCGCCGUUGCCCUGGCUACGGAGGACGCCACGCUUCUUUCAACUCGUCGCGGAGUUUCGGGCGGCCAUGGAGAGGCACAUCCCCGUUCACGCCUUGCCGGAGGAGAUCCUGAAGAUGCCCCGGGACCAGACAGUGUGUAAAUACUGCGGGGUCAGCUAUCUGAUCCUUCACGAAUUCAAAAUGAUGCAAGAAAAAGUCCAAGCCAUGGAAAAAGAGAUUAAAGUUUACGAGGGAAGCCUGGAACGAGAGGAAGGACUCCAAGCAGAGCUGCAGUCCCUUUACCAAGGCCUGGAACACUACCGAGCUGACAGCCAAGCCAAAGCUGAGAGGCUGAAAAACCUCUCAGUGGAACUGAAAAAGAAGCAAGAUGAAUUAAGAACCAUGAAAGAAGAACUGAGGUAUUUCCAAGAGGAGAAAGAAGCUGCCUAUAACCACUCACAAGUGCUCAGAAACACUCUGGACCACCACUGCUCAGCUCUGAACAAAGCUGUUUCCCUCUUCACAUUGAUUAGAAGUGAGCUGGACAGUCUCAAAGAUGCCAUCUCCACUAACCUGGAGACCUGGGCUGCCAUGAAAGAAGAACUCCUCCAACAGAUCAAAACCUUUAGCAAGGAGGCCUUGACAGACAUUCCCAAGUUGAAUCAGCAAUUAGCAGAAUCCCAGAGGGAGAAGGAAAGCCUCCAGGAGAAGGUGAAGCAGCUCACGCUGGCGGCAGACGUGGUCGAGCUGAAAACUCAGCAGCUUCAGACUUCACUGCAGCAAGGGAAGGAGCUCCAAAGCAGGUGCCUGGAACUCCAGAAGGAGACUUUGGAUUUAACAAAUCAAGUGGAGACAACUGGGCUGAAGCUGCAGAAGGUCACAGCUGAGCUGGAGCACUACAAGAAGCUCUUCCUGGUGAAAUCAGCAGAACUUGAUGCCUGCCAAAGUGAACUGAAAAAGGUGAAAUAUGAAAGUGGAAUCUCUGAGUCAAGGCUUAGCAAAGAGCUAAAGGAAAAGGAGGACUCUCUCCUGACUUGCCAGCAGCUGUGCAAACGCUUCCAGGAGGAGGUGGCUGAGAAAGAGAGGAAAGAGGAAGACCUGAGGAGAAGAAGUGGUCGGUCUGAAAGUGAGCUGGAAGCACUUAAAGCUCUGCUUCAGCAAGCAGAGGAGGAGGUGGUGGUGUUGAAACAAGAAAGGGAGUUAAUGCUGCUUUCUCAUCAGAACAGAACCGAGCAGCUGCAGGACACCUUGAGGCAGAAGAUGAGGGCUGAAGAUGCCUGGAGGGAGAAGCUGGAGCUGGCCAAAGGUGAAGCACGACACAUGGAAGAAGUGCUGAAAGUGAAGGAGGAAGCAAGGGUGGAGCUAGAGCUUGAGAGGCAGAAGCAGCAAGCACUGGUCACAAAGUGCCAGAGGGACCAUGAAGAGCUGCAGAAGAAGAUCCCAGGACUGAUAUCCAGUGCCACCAACAGCUUAAGGAUGGAGACAGAAAUUCUGGAGCAGAAGCUGCGAGAGGCCCAGAUGAGGCUUGCAGAGAAAGAGGAAGAUAAGGGCAAAGAAAUCCAGAGCCUUAAGAGAAGAGUUACUGAGCUGGAGUUCCAGCUGACCGUGGAAAAGAGCAGCAGUGACUCACUGCUGGGCAGCAUGAGGAAAGAAAUCCAGCACAAGGCAGGGGAGCUGGAAAGACUAACCCAGGAGAGGACACAGCUGAUGCACAGCUUGGGGCAGGCUCGAGAGGAGAACUGCCUGCUGCAGGAGACGGUGCGCAGGGAGUGCCAGGAGCGCUGCGAGCUGACUGCAGCCUUGGCUCAAGCCAGGGAACAAGUCCUGGAGCUCAAGAAGCUGAGUGGAAACUUCUCCUUCUCUCCACGUCCCCUGGCCCGGGGCAGCCCAACCUCUCCUGCCACCCUGCGUGCCCCUGCCCGGCCCCGCAGCCGCCCCGGCCCCGCCGCCCGCACGGCCCCCGCGGGACACUGCGGGGCUGCGGCGGCUGCCGGAGCGCCUGGGAAGUGCCGCAGCAGCCUGACCCUGCCGGCGCUCGCCCCGCCGCCGCCUGCCGGGCUGAGGACCACCUCGCUGCAGCAGCCCAGCAGCAGGAGGCCGCUGGCCCAGCCGGCUCGGGUGGGCACCUGCACGCACACGGCCUGAGGGCAGCCUGCUCGCCCCCCUGCUGCCCCUCCGCCGGGCCAGCCUGGCCCAAGGCAGCUGCCAGGCUCCGCUCGAGUGGCUUCUCUCUGCAGUGAUGUUCCUUGGUCCCCUGCACCUCGCUGCAAGAAGCUGCUGCUGCUGCUGCUGCUGCUCUGGGAGAGGACAAGGAGGAGAAGCCAGCAAGGGCAGAGGAGCCCAGCUCCAGCAGGCAGCAUUAAAGCAGCUGCCAGCACUGCCAGCCCCCAGCACUGCGUUGGAGUCCUCCUGGUCUGUGCCAGCUCCUGUGUCGCUGCCCUGCUGCUCUCUGGGUGUCAGUGUCCCCUGGGUGGGGACAAGCAGCACCUUCACACAGUCACAGCAUGGGCUGGGUUGAAGACUGCCCAACUCCAACCCCUCUGCCAUGGGCACUGGUGGGGGAGAUCAUGAGCCCUUGGCCAGUCCAUGUCCUCAGGGGGCUGGCCCUGGGCACAGCUUCCUCCCACUGCCUCUCCUCAAGCUGUGCUGAUGAGCAAGAGACCUCCUAUGGCUUUGUCCCAAAGAUCACAGUCACAGCUCCAGCGCUGCCCUGGGUGGCCUGGACCAGGCCUUGGCAGCCCCUCUGGGGAAGAAAUUGUUCCUCAUCUUCAACCUAAACCUCCCCUGGGACAGCCUGGGGACAUUUCCUCUUGUCCUUCCCCUUCAGGGAAGAAAUUGUUCUUCAUGGCCAACCUAAACCUCCCCUGCUGCCAGCUGAGGCCAUUUCCUUUCGUCCUAUUGCUUGUUCCUCGGCAGCAGAGCCCAGCCCCAGCUGGCUGCAGCCUCCUCUCAGGGAGCUGCAGAGAGCAAUCAGCUCUGCCCUCAGCCUCCUCUUCCCCACACUGCACACCCCCAGCUCCCUCACUGCUCCUCCCCAGCCCUGCUCUCCAGACCCUUCCCCAGCCUGGUUGCCCUUCUCUGGCCCUGCUGCAGCCCCUCAGUGUCCAUGGGAGAGGCCCAGAACUGAACCCAGACCUCCAGGAGCAGCCUCAGCAGUGCCCAGCCCAGGAGGACAACCCCUGCCCUGCUCCUGCUGCCCACACCAGUGCUGCUCCAGGCCAGGCUGCUGGUGCCCUUCAUGCCCACCUGGGCACCCUCUGGCUCGUCUUCAGCUGCUGUCACCCAGCACCCCCAGAGCUUUUUCCUCUGGGCAGUUUCCAUCCUCUCUGCCCCAGGCCUGGAGCCUUCCUGGGGUGGCUGUGCCCCAGGGGCAGGUGAAGGUCUGGAAGCCCAGGCAGGAGCUGGGCUUGUCCCGGGUCACUCGGUGGGUUUAGAGCGGUCGCUGCCUCCUGCUGGGUCCUCACUGUGCCUCCGGGAGCCGCCAGGAGGUUUGUGUUCUCCACAGGAGUCAGGUCCCCAUCUGGUGACCUGGGGAGGGACCUGUGGCUCUCUGCACCUCUCGGUGGCUUUGCCGUGGCCGCCGCGGGGGGCAGCUCUGGCCAUAGGUGCCAGGCUUUUGGGGUCUGCAGAGGCAAGCAGGGAUCCAAGGGACCAGCAGAGCUUGGAGCUGGGCUGCAGGCUCUGGGGGGAUCCCAGCCUGCAGCUUGCUCCUGCAGUUGCUCCACGCUGCAGCAGAAGGCCUUGGGGCAGCCCCGCAGCCUUCAAGGAGGGGGACAGGAGCAGCUGCAGCCAGGCCCUGGGCCCCUUGGGCCCCUGGCCACCAUCGACUCUGUUAGUCAGGGUUGGAAACUGGAUGGGUUUCCUUUCUCUUUUCCUUCUCCCUUUUCCUUUUCUCUUUUCAUUUUCUCCUUUUCCUUUUCUUCUUUUAGUUUUCCCUUUUCCCCUUCUCCUUUUCCCCUUCUCCUUUUCCCCUUCUCUCUUUUCCCCUUCUCCUUUUCCCCUUCUCUCUUUUCCCCUUCUCCUUUUCCCCUUCUCCUUUUCCCCUUCUCUCUUUUCCCCUUCUCUCUUUUCCCCUUCUCUCUUUUCCCCUUCUCUCUUUUCCCCUUCUCUCUUUUCCCCUUCUCUCUUUUCCCCUUCUCUCUUUUCCCCUUCUCUCUUUUCCCCUUCUCUCUUUUCCCCUUCUCCUUUUCCUCUUCUCCUUUUCCCCUUCUCCUUUUCCCCUUCUCUUUCUUCCCCUUCUCUUUUUUCCCUUCUCUUUUUUCCCUUCUCCUUUUCCCCUUCUCCUUUUCCCCUUCUCCUUUUCCCCUUCUCCUUUUCCCCUUCUCCUUUUCCCCUUCUCUCUUUUCCUUCCCCUUCUCUUUUUUCCCUUCUCUUUUUCCCUUCUCCUUUUCCCCUUCUCCUUUUCCCAUUCCCUUUUCCCCUUCUCUUUUUUCCUUCUUUUUCUUCCCCUUCUCUUUUUUCCUUCUUUUUCUUCCUCUUCUCUUUCUUCCUCUUCUCUUUCUUCCCCUUCUCUUUCUUCCUCUUCUCUUUCUUCCCCUUCUCUUUCUUCCUCUUCUCUUUCUUCCCCUUCUCUUUCUUCCCCUUCUCUUUCUUCCCCUUCUCUUUCUUCCCCUUCUCAUUUUCUCCUUUUAAUUUUCAUUUUCCCUCUUCCUUUCCCUCUUUUCAUUUCCUUUUCUCCUUUGAAUUUUCGUUUUCCCUUUCCCCUCUUCCUUUUCCCAUUUUCAUUUUUUUCCUUUUCCCCUUCUCCUUUUCUCCUUUUAAUUUUCAUUUUCAUUUUUCCUUUCCUUUCCCAGCCGUGGAGCUGAGUUUGUGCUUGGUGCUUUUGCUUUGGCUGCUCCAUCAAGUGGUUCCCUGCAGGAGGUUGCUGAAGGCCUGCAGGUUUUUAGCCCCAAACCCAGAGCAGGAGCAGUGAAACUGGAGGAGGUUUCCUGCCUCAGCCCAACCCCACCCAGCUGGGUGGUGAAUGAUUUAAUAGGAUUCAGGAAUGUGUAAUGGAGUCCUCAUGGAUUGAUGAGAUCCACCCAGCUCUCCCUCACACACAGCUGCUCUUUGGCUUCAGCUAGAGUGCUCCAAGGUGGUGGUGAAGCCCCAGGUGCAGCCUGCAGGCUGUGAAGCAGCAAAGGCACUGAGCUGAGGCUGCUUUGGGUUUUUCCCCCGAGCCUCCAAAUGCCUUUUGCUGGGAUAAUGGAAAGGGACCUGCAGAAGAGGUUGGAGCCCUGGGCAGGGUGAUGGCACCGUGCUGAGAACUGUCCUCAUCUCAUCAAUAAACCUCCUCCCAACCA